UAAAAAUUUCCACGUGUACACCACAAUAACAACAACAACACUAUUGUAAUAUUGUAAUUAAUAGAUGACGUUUUCAGUACACAACAUGCAUAUUUAUCAUGCAGUACUUUUACAACAGAAUAAAUUUGAAUGAUGCAACUCUGUAUCGGUACGACCAAUGAAAUUAUCGAUAAAAUGUACAUAUGAUUACUAGACUGGCGGAUACUUGUACCAUUAUAUAUAUUCUCGUGAUACGUUCAGUUCUAUUAAAUUUUAAAUUAUAAAAAAAAUGAGUAAUACGGUUUUAGAAUCUUUGAUCGACAUGGAAAGCAGUAUAUGGGUAUUUGGUUACGGAUCUCUUACAUGGAAACCAAAUUUUAUAUACAAAUCAAAGGAAAUAGGAUAUAUUCAUGGUUAUCAAAGAAGAUUCUGGCAGGGAAAUGUAACUCAUAGAGGAACCGUCAAUAAGCCUGGUCGUGUUGCCACUUUGAUUAGAUCGGAGAAGGAUGAUGUUUGGGGAGUCGCAUAUGAAAUUACUGGCAGUAAUCAUAUCCUGAAAGCAUUGAGUUAUCUAAAUAAAAGAGAAAGUAAAUUGGGAGGCUACAACACCGUAGUAGAACAUUUCUUUGCUCGAAAUAAAGAAACCCGAAAAGUACUAGUGUAUACAGCAACCACCGAGAACGAACAUUACUUAGGACCAUCUAAUAUGGCUACAAUGGCCACGGAAAUAAUGUCAGCUAACGGGGAGGCAGGUAGUAAUACUGAAUAUGUGACGCGUCUUGCUGAAUACGUACGAAAACACAUUCCAGAAGAAAAGGACCUUCAUUUGUUCACUUUGGAAAAAUAUAUACUGUACUUGACACAGCGUAGAAAUGUGACCCAUCGUGUUAAUGAUACUGUCAUACCUCUUACGUAUGAUCGAUUAAUCGGUGAAAUAAGAACUUGACGUGGAGUGGAAUCUACCAAUUGUGUUCAAACAUUUGAAUUCCGGUGCUAGACAAUAAGCGCAAUGGUUGUUAACAUAGUGAGACGGUGCUAGACAGUAUGUGCAAUGGUUGUUUGCUGGCUUAGAAAGCUGUUGCUAGAAAUCAAGUUGAAUUAUUGUUGAUAAAGUUCCUUGCUAGACAUUAUAUGCAAUGGUUGCUAUCACUUUUCUGUAUCAUUUAUUUCAGAGAAGUUUAUGUACAUGGGCAUUUGUAUUUGUAUUUUCUUUUCGAAAACAACUAUUUUUGAACAUUUCAAAGUUCAAUUUUACAUACAUGUACAUGUUAAUUUCAGUAUUUCUAUAAUCAAAUUAUAAUCCGUAAAAAUACACUUGUUUAUUGAUCAAAAGCAUUUUCGUGGAAUGAAUCUUGCCUUUUAUAUAGUUUUUAUGUAUAAUAAAUAUAUUUUCAUGUAAA